AUGAAUUUUCUGAGAGUGGACUGUGAGCGAGCCGGGCCAGCGCUCCAGCGGGUCCGCCAGGUGGUCACACCGCGCUCUGCUGCGGCGGGUGUCCCGCUCGCCGGUCCCGCCACGCUGUCUCUAGACUUUUUGGAUGAUGUGCGGCGGAUGAACAAGAGGCAGCUGUAUUAUCAAGUCCUAAAUUUUGUCUCCUCGGCACUAACGAUCUGGAAGGGGUUAAUGGUAAUAACUGGAAGUGAAAGUCCAGUUGUGGUGCUGAGUGGCAGCACGGAACCUGCAUUUCAUAGAGGAAAUCUUCUCUUUUUAACAAAUCCAGUUGAAGAUCCCAUAGGAGUGGGAGAAAUUGUCAUUUUUAGAAUAGAAGGAAGAGAAAUUCCUAUAGUUCACCGAGUCCUGAAGAUUCAUGAAAAAGGUUUUGCUCCUUAUAUUGGAAUUGUGACGAUCCUCAUGAAUGACUAUCCUAAAUUUAAGUAUGCAAUAUUUUUUUUGCUGGGUUUAUUCGUGCUGGUUCAUCGUAAGAAGCCUACCUUGCUGUUCCUGGAAAGAUGCCGCACUUUUUGUUACUGACCGUUCAGAGUAGCUGUUGGUCUGUGAUUGGUGGAACGGAGAACGCACAUGUUGGCGCUUCUCGUAGCCCUGGUUUACCUUAGUUUGUUUCCACGCCAGAAUCUGGGCGGGUGCAUGUGCACUCGAGUGCACUCGAGGGGACUUUUAAUCACAGAAUCUCAUAUGUUGU